UUUAGAGGUCAGACCAAGAAUGAGUCGGGUUACUUGGGAUGGGUAGGGUUACUCGAUACACGAGACCCAAAGCCUUGGCUUUUUCCGAUCCAAAACACGAAAUCCGAUUCCACUUUUCUCCUCAUUCCGACCCUUUCCUGCUAUUACUCUUUAAUAUUUUUUUUUCAAAUUAGUUGGGCAAACUCCACAUAACAACAUGUAUUGAAAAAGCAGACAGAAGACUAACUAUUAAUCUAAUAAAAGUUGAAGACCUUCCAAAAUGGGGAAUUAUUGGAGCCCCCGACGUCCAAAUCCGUAUAAGAAUGCAACAGGCUAACGGCCCAGAAGUUGUAAAAUGUUCGAGAAUUAUUAAAAAUACAACAUCAGCAGUCUAUAAAGAAGCUGUAAUGUUUUUGGUUAGUACUAGAGAAGCUGAUUUGGCUAGAACUAAAAUUACAAUUUCUGUUCAUGAUUUGUCUCGUUCCGUAACCGGCAAUGAUACAAUCGGUUUCGUAUUUCUUGGAGAACUGGCUUCAGAUAAAUCGGAAGUGGAUCAAUGGAAAUCUACAAUGGACCAUUGGGGAAAAGAAUACAAAGCCGUCCACACACUAAAAUGCCCCUCAAGUAGGUGUCAACCAACUCUACACGUAUUGGAUGUACAGGACGAAAAUGAUGUUAAGGAAAAUGAUGAUUAA